UCUUUCACAGAAACUCUAACAAAAUCAUCAAACGAAGAAGAAAAGUAAAAGAGAAAAAGUAAGAACAGAAAGGCAAAGAAGAAGAAGAAAAAGAAGAAUAAUGGCAUGGUCGUCAACUUCUUUAAAGCUUUUAUGGUUUAUUUUGCCAUUGCUUUUGGUCGCUGGUUUUGUUGUUGUCACUGGUCCACAAGCUUCCAUUUAUAAUUGGCUACCCUUUUCUCACUAUUUACGGACUCUCAACAAUGGUUCUUCAACUUCAACACUGGUAAAUCAGAAGGAUGAUGCCCCAAAUGUUACUUUUAGCUCAGUAGCACAAAAAAGAUGCAGCAAAUUAGAGAAAUUGGAAGCAGGUCUUGCAAAAGCUCGAGCUGCAAUAUUAAAAGAGAACAAAAAUUGGAAUAAUCAGACAGAAGAUGAGUAUAUACCUCAUGGUCCUAUGUACUUAAAUGCUACUGCCUUCCACAGGAGUUACUUGGAAAUGGAAAAAAAAUUCAAGGUGUAUGUGUAUAAAGAAGGGGAACCCCCAGUAUUUCAUUUUGGUCCAUGUAAACAUACAUAUGCUAUUGAGGGUUACUUCAUUCAUGCAAUGGAAAUCAGCAAAUUCAGAACUUCAGAUCCAAACAAAGCUCAUGUGUAUUUCCUCCCUAUGAGUGUUACAAUGUUAACACAAUUCAUUUAUGUGCGUGAUUCUCAUGAAUGGGGUCUUAUGAAAAACACUGCGCUUGACUAUGUCAAUGUCAUUUCCAACAAGUAUCCUUAUUGGAAUCGAAGCCUUGGAGCUGAUCAUUUCAUCCUUGCUUGUCAUGAUUGGGGGCCUGAAAUUUCUUUUGCUAUCCCAUACUUGUACAAGAACUCAAUUAGAGCUCUAUGCAAUGCCAAUACCUCAGAAAAAUUUAAUCCAACAAAAGAUGUCCCAAUUCCAGAAAUCCACCUCCCUUAUGGCACAACUGAAGGCCUUUUAGGCGGUCCGCCGCCGUCGGAACGGCCGGUUCUGGUAUUUUUCGCCGGAGGACUUCAUGGUCCAAUUAGGCCAAUUCUUUUACAACAUUGGGAAAAUAAGGAUAAAGAUGUUCAAAUUCAUAAAUACCUUCCAAAGGGUAUUUCAUAUUAUGAUAUGAUAAAAAAGAGCAAAUAUUGUAUAUGCCCAAGUGGAUAUGAAGUUGCAAGUCCAAGAAUGGUUGAAGGAAUUUAUAUGGGAUGUGUUCCUGUCCUCAUUAAGGAUAAUUAUGUUAUCCCUUUUAGUGAUGUCCUAAAUUGGAAUACAUUUUCUGUUAUAAUUCCUGUUAAGGAUAUUCCUAACCUCAAGAAAAUUCUAUUGGAUAUUCCUCAAGAGAAGUAUUUAGAAAUGCAGAAGAGAGGUAUUCAAAUCAGGAAGCAUUUUGAGGUUAAUUCUCCUCCUAAAAGAUAUGAUGUUUUUCAUAUGAUUCUCCAUUCUAUUUGGCUUAGAAGAUUAAAUGUCCGAAUUCGUGAUGUGGAUGAAUCUUGAACUAAAACCUUUUGUUGGUGGAGGGGAAACUGUGAAUUUUCAUUUAGAAUUUAAUUUAUUUGUUACAUGGUUGUGUUUUGUAGUACUUGAUUUUGCAAAAUAGAUUAAUACAUAUAUUUCAUGCUUGUGCACCAUU